GGUCAAUCUAAGAGUAUUUUCAGCCGAGAGAAAAAGGAACUGACGUGCUUUUCCUAGCCUCUCUCCAGAACCGGGAUUCGUCGUGUCGAUUUGUUUGUUUAUUUCGCUCUGCGGCGCGUGCCUUGUGCUGCUGAUGCCGCGCGCUUCCCAGUGACAAAAAGCCGCUCUGCAGUUUGACCAAUCAAAGCGCUUAUCAGACUUUAUCUCUGUGGCGAACAAGUUCCACAGUCUCAUGCCUGUCACAUUUUUGCCAGUGCGUCAAAAGAAGAGAUGGUACCGGGUUCAGAGCGCCCCUCCUGCGGUCACAAGGUCUCUCUUGUGGAAUCCCCGCUGGACCUUUAAAAGUCAACAUGCCGUGUAAUGCCAGGGUCCUGCUUCUUCUUCUCCUGUCUUUGAUUCUAAUGGCAGAGUCCCGGAAGCUGGGAAGCAGGAGAAAGCGGUGGUCCGAGCUGGAGGAGACUCUCAAGCCAGGAAAGACCCUGGGGGAAACACCUGAUGCUGUGGUUCUUGUUGGGAAGACAGGGUUGGAGGCUGGCAUGGUGAACGGUCCUCUGUCAAGGAAGAUCAUCGAUGGCACCAAAACACGAAAGCUGAAAACCAGUCACCUUCUGCGUGUGGAUGAACACGACUUCACCAUGAGGCCAGCAUUCGCAGGUCCGGCUGUCCCAGUUGGAGUGGAUGUUCAGGUGGAGAGUUUGGACAGCAUAUCUGAAGUUGACAUGGACUUCACCAUGACUCUGUAUCUAAGGCACUACUGGAAGGACGAAAGGUUGGCUUUUCCAAGCGCCACAAAUAAGAGCAUGACUUUUGAUGGGCGCCUAGUGAAAAAAAUCUGGGUCCCUGAUGUGUUCUUCGUCCAUUCUAAGAGGUCCUUCAUCCAUGACACCACCACCGACAAUAUCAUGCUGAGGGUUUUUCCAGAUGGCCAUGUUCUGUACAGCCUGAGGGUAACAGUUACUGCUGCUUGCAACAUGGAUUUCAGUCGUUUCCCUCUGGACUCACAGACAUGCACGCUGGAGCUGGAGAGCUACGCUUACACUGAUGAAGACCUGAUGCUUUACUGGAAAAGUGGGGAUGAAUCCCUGAGCACAGAUGACAGGAUCUCUUUAUCCCAGUUUCUCAUCCAGAAGUUUCACACCACCUCCAGACUGGCUUUCUACAGCAGCACAGGAUGGUACAACCGGCUGUACAUCAACUUCACCCUACGACGGCACAUCUUCUUCUUCCUGCUGCAGACAUACUUUCCUGCCACUCUGAUGGUCAUGCUGUCCUGGGUGUCCUUCUGGAUCGACCGCAGGGCUGUUCCUGCCAGGGUCUCUUUAGGUAUAACUACAGUGCUGACUAUGUCUACUAUUAUUACUGGAGUCAACGCCUCCAUGCCAAGGGUCUCUUACAUCAAAGCUGUCGACAUUUACCUCUGGGUUAGUUUUGUCUUUGUAUUCCUCUCUGUGCUUGAAUAUGCAGCAGUCAACUAUCUCACCACAGUGAGAGAUGGUAAAGACCGGAAGCUAAGAGAAAAACUAAAGGAACAGUCCCAAACGUUGCCCUGUACUUGUGGCAUGCCUCACACCAAGACCAUGAUGCUGGAUGGAAUGUACAGCGAGGCAGAUGCAAACAGUCUGGCAGGGUACACCAGAGCCUCUAUGGCAGCAGAGGAUCCGUCCGACAAACAGGAGCAGAUGGUGGUCCAUCUCACAUUGGACAAUGAGUCCACAGAGACUAAGAAGAAGGGCAUUCGCAGUUUCCGCAUAAUCCAGAACACCCACACCAUUGACACUUACUCCCGCAUGAUCUUCCCAGGUGCUUACAUCUUAUUCAACCUGAUCUACUGGUGUGUGUACUGCUGAGUGUGUGCAUUUUAAAUAAAGCUGCAAAAGAAAAAAGGAAAAUGUUUCCUUCAGUUUGGAAAG